AUGGCUAUCCAUUUCGUGGAAUAUGACCCGACUCUGAAGUUUCGCAACCCGAAGCUUUGGGAAUUGCAGAAGUCGCGCGAGCUGUCGCAUGCGUCUCGCGUUGGCCACGGUCGUAGAAGGUCGCUGAAAGCCAAGCGAGACCAAGAUGAACAGUGUCUGGCGGCAAAUUCGAUGCAGCCAAGCAGUUCUGCUUUGGAUCCGUUCUUGAAACUUGCUGAAGACGUCUCACUUUCGGAGAAGAACCUGCUACACGAUUACCUAACACGUGUGCCUGUGGAGUUUUACGGCACGUCACCGAACGCUGUUCACAGUGCGGUCCGGGAGAGCACGUUCCAGUAUCUGUCGACAAGCAAGGUCGUACUGCAAUGGACAAUACUCAUGGCUGAGAUGCGGCGCAUGACGCUGCUAGCCUUGCCGCCAUCUGGGCAGACAAUAGAUACGCGCCGGCAGCAGAUCUACCACAUGAUGCGCAAACAGGCAACCAAUCCAGAGAGCCAACUUUGGGCAGACGAUAUCCUGUAUGGAGUGGCUUUCGCUGCGAUGGUCGAGUACAGGCUCGGCAACGUUGAAAUGUCACAGCUCCAUCUCGCUGGCUGUCUCGCCAUAUGGGCUGUACGACACAGACCACUCUCAAUUUGUGACCGCACGCUCUUGACGAAUGCCAUUGCUGUGUGCACGAUCUCACCCUUGGCUUCUGUGCGUGGAACGGAGUCUGCUCAUGUGAUCGAAAGACUGAAGACAAUGGAACGAAUUCACUUCGUUCGGCGAAGACGGUCCCUCAGAUCUGCGCAGUCGCGCAGCUCCGAAGAGCUUGAGAACAGGCGUCUUAGGUCGCUACUCAACUGUGACUCUACGCUCAAACUGUCCCUGGAUCGGAGCAUCACCGACUCAACGCCAAGUGGACUUCGUGUGACGAUCGCAACACUUUACAUACUCAAUAUCUUCCUGUGGGGCCAAGGCUAUACCGCGACAGACUCGCAAGUCCUUCGAUUCUUGCUGAAGCUGGAUCAUCGUCUCUUAUUGAAUCUCGGACGACCCUAUGAGGAAAUGAUACGUCCGGCGCCACUUUUACCCAAUGGCUUACUGUACAACACAACAACGACGAUAUAUGAGGAAAUGGGAUUUGAGGUUGAAUACGACAAGGUGCUUGUCUGUGAGGUCGUUAAGUUCGUGAAUUUUCUGGUUUGCAUGGAUCGCGCGUACUGGCAGAGACUAAAGAAGAUCAUGGCCAGUUGGGUAUUGGGAAUCUUCGAUCUGAGUAUUGAGCUCAUUCGCUACGAUACCCGCCACCAUGUUGAACAGUCCGAUGAUUCUAUCGACCACGGCUGA